GCUCGGAGUGCGCAACCUCGGAGGCGACCUCGUACCUUCGUCGCGUACGGGGCAUCAGCGUCUCGCCACCGUCAGCUACCAGACGAGCGGAUAAUCCUCUCUUCUUCUUCCGGGGACGUUCUUGGAUCCUCGCGCGUUGCACGACGCCGUUUCGGGCCGACGAGCAACCGCGCCAUGCGGUGCCGGCCUCGCCGCACCAGGACACCGACACGGACGGGCCGCAGCGUCAGCAGGACGACGACGGGGCGAGAAUGCACGGCGGCACCGAGGCCGUCGUGCAUCGGGAGGAGACGCCGGCUAAGCUCCUGCUGCUGCGACGAUGGAGCGAUAUGCCGCGUCAUCUCCAAUUCAAUCCGCACAUCCACACCGGUUACAGGCCGCUCAUGACUAUCCGCCAAUGCCUCGGUAGCCUCUUCUACAUCCACAACGAGACCGUUAACAUCCUGACGCACGGAUUCGCUAUCCUUUACAUGUUACUGACGGUACCGCAUUUACUUCCAUGGAACACAAAAGGAACGCUCGUAGGAAUUCUGUCCUGGUGCCACUUGAUUGGCGCCGUUAGCCCGUGGGUCGGCUCCUUCCUGUACCAUCUCUUCAUGAACGUCAACUAUGACGAAGUCUUCUACAGAACACUGCUAAAAGUCGAUAUGAUCGGCAUAUGGCUAUGCCAGAGUUUCGGAGCUAUACCGAUGAUGGCAGCCGCGGUUCAUUGCCUCGCCGAUAACAUCUGGUAUUGCUGCAUUUUUAUUUACUGCACCCUCAGUCUUUGGGGACUUUUAAAGGCGAUGACUGCGGCAUCACCGUGGGAAAGACGUUUAUGUUUCGCUCCUCCCUUCCUAAUGAGGAUGUUAGUUAUGACAUUGAGAUGUUUCGGCAUCGGUGGCGGAUCACCCGAUGCUCUUAUUCAUAUAAUAUUACAGGAUCUCGUAGCUGUGAUAGGUGCAUCCAUCGGCGCUCUUCGCAUUCCAGAGAAGUGGAUUCCCGGCAGAUUGGAUAUAGUACUAAAUUCCCAUAAUGUGAUGCACGUAAUGGUCGUCUUGGCUGUAUGCUCUAUGCAUACCGCCACUUUGAAGGAUCUUGCCUGGAUAUCCGAUCCGUCUACGUGCAAUAGAGCAAGCUAUUCUCCUUCGGAUCGCGAAGAACUGUGAUUAAAAUGAGAAACGCGACGGUUUGCUGCAGUCUGUGAUAAACCGAGCCUAUAACAACUGGCAAUUAGUCGAGCGCUUCGACACUUGGAGACCAGAAAGUGUGCUUAAUUCUACAUAUAAUAUAAUAGAUAAAUCUAUAAGUAUUAAAGAGAAAUAUUAUAUAUAUAUAUAUUAUAUUAUAU